UGUAAAUUAUGUACGAAUGUGCAGAUGUUGAAAUUUAGUAAACAAGUGUAGAAUGUGGCAUUUGCAGUAAAUAUACCUGUACACAGAUGAGUUUAUAGAGAAUAAAAUAUAAGCCUAUAUUUUUAUUACAAUUAAGUUUAAUUUCCUUAAAAUUCUAAUGGUUAUAACAUAUAAAUGACUGGCAUUAUAACACUGCAAUAACUACGUGGUCCUUUAUUAAGGUAGUUGCUGCAAAUACAAUUGUAUAAAUUGCAUCUGGAAACCCUGAUUGACAAGCCACUUGAUAAAAGUUUACGUGGCAAUUAUACAAAAUUUUUCGAGUAAACACGUAGAUUAUAAUUUAGCGUCUGACGAUGAAGUUGAUUCGUUCUUUCUCUCUAUUCUUAAUUUUUGUUACCAGCUUGUUUGAUAGUUCGUAUGGAAGAAAAAGCGAGAAGGGACCAGAAAAGUAUUAUUGUCAAGGCGAUAAUUGCAUAAGCAAAGAAGAAUUUAUUGAACACAAGAAAUAUCCUACUAUGGAUGAUUUCAUGCGACAUAUGCCUGUGAUUGGAACAAUGUAUACUAAACCAUUCACACAAUUAAACAGCAGAGAAAUUGCUGGUAUGGUAGACGCUUUGACUGCAGAAGCCAAGAAAUUAGAUGAAGAUUACGAAUCGGUAACGAAGGAAAACGUUAAGAACGUAUACAAUCCUGCAAAACAUAUUUUUGAAGCACUUGAAAAACAUGUAAUUCGACGAGCUUAUAAAAUUGAUGUAAGAGAUUCCACGGAACAACUCUACGAAGUAACAAAAUCUCUGAAUGAUAAAUUAAUUAAUGAUGCAAAAAUUCGAGAUGACGAAAUUAACUUCACCGAGAAAACCUUAAGUUUAAUUAAAAGUACUUUGCAGGGUAUCAUAAGCGGAAGAAUGUAA